UCCCUCUCUCUUUCUCGGCCGCUCUCUCAGAGACAGGCCAUGUUUAGCAGCAGCGCCAAAAUCGUGAAGCCGAAUGGCGAAAAGCCAGACGAGUUCGAGUCUGGCAUUUCCCAGGCUCUUCUGGAGUUAGAAAUGAAUUCUGACCUGAAGGCUCAGUUACGAGAGCUGCACAUUACAGCUGCUAAAGAAAUUGAAGUUGGCAGUGGCAGAAAAGCAAUCAUUAUCUUCGUGCCAGUACCCCAACUGAAGUCUUUUCAGAAGAUCCAAGUACGGCUAGUGCGAGAGCUUGAAAAAAAGUUUAGUGGUAAACACGUUGUCUUCAUUGCACAGAGGAGAAUUUUGCCAAAGCCAACUAGGAAAAGUAGAAACAAGAACAAACAGAAGCGUCCCAGAAGCCGUACAUUGACUGCAGUACAUGAUGCCAUUCUGGAAGACUUGGUUUUCCCCAGUGAAAUUGUGGGCAAGAGAAUUCGUGUGAAACUGGAUGGUACAAGGCUAAUCAAAGUACAUUUGGACAAGGCACAACAGAACAAUGUAGAACACAAAGUGGAUACAUUUUCAGCUGUCUACAAGAAACUAACUGGCAAGGAUGUUGUAUAUGAAUUCCCGGAGUUCCAACUGUAAAUUGUAAAGAAUGGCCUGAAUAAAAAAAAUCAAUACUGCC